AAAAAAGAAAUCGCGUGGACAAACCUUAAUCGACGAAAAGCAUCAGCGUCUUCUCGAUUCCGGCGAAAUUUUGGAACGAGGAGGAGACGAUGGUGCUCGUAGCAGGCGAAAUUCGGAACCAGGAGGAGACGAUGGCACACGUGGCAGUUGAUAUGGCAGCGAGGAAGGCUGAAUAUUAUCGGGCAUUGGAGAAAGCCAGGGGUUCCCGUUUCAUAAGAAGAGUCCAUAUUUGUGGACUGAUACAAAGAAUUUGUAAUGAUAAGAAAUCUCCUUGUCCUGGCUUAGUCCUCCUUUAUGCUAGGUUGGGCCUUCAUCGAUACAAUUUGCUUCAGGGCAAAAACUUAGAGCUCAGAAGCGUCAAGAAAUACACCCAGACCACUGGCACUGCUGCUUACACUUACCACAUAACUAUGGAAGCCAUGGAUCCAGCUAUCGAUUCGCUUCAAACUUUUGAGACUAAAGUUUAUGAAAACACUCCUGGCGAAUUGGAUUUGUCGUGCAGAAUUGCUAGACCUCUAGGGGAACCCAAGGAAAACCAAAUAAAAAAAAAUAUGCUGAAAAAACCCGUUGUUAUUACCAUGCCUGAGUGGCCGCCACAGAAUCCUUUUGAAAACUGUUACGUGCUGAAUGAGUCAGAGCUAGAGCUGGAAGAAAAUCACUGGGUUCGUCUCUACCUGGAACUUGCAGUUGCCAAGCCCAAUAGGAAUACGAAUCCAGAUGUGUCCAACUUGAAGAUUGUCAAAGUGGCUAUAGAUACUAGUACCAAAGAUGCGGAUGAUGCUGAGGAACUCAACGGCAAAAAUGUUGCAGUUGUCUACAUACAUUACAAGGACUCGUGCGAGGCUCGAGUUGGCAAGGAUGUUGAUCGCGUAGCUAUAGUCAGAAGAGCUUUCUGUGAGCGGUUUGAUUGCUUCAGUCUCGUGGGUCAGACUCUGAGUUCAGAUAUUAUACCAAAAAAGGGUAAGAAGAAGAAGCGCCGUGUGCAGCUUCUUCCGUGUAGCCUGCGUCUCAAACCGUGGCUGUUAUCCAGUCCUAGGCGCCUCAAGGCAUACAAAUACACUGGCGUUGGCUUGUCUCGUUGUCUGCUCAAGGCAAGAUCCACCAUCGAAUAUGUGGAUUAGAUAAUAAUAAUUGACCACUGUCUACGUUAUUUCGAUUAUUUAGGGAUUGUUUAAUUUGUACUCUUCCGUUUUCCAUUUCAUUUUGUGUUCAUCUGAUACAUCUAUGAUCUCUGAAACAAAGAAGUGGGAUUGUGUGCUUAAUAUUUUUUCGACCCUCUGCGGAGCUGCAUUGCUAUUUU